UUGUGUCUGACGCGCGUUCACCGUUAAAUUACAUGACUUCAGCUCACCUAGAGUUUUCUAUUGACAUUGUUUCUGUUCUAGAACCUAAAAAGCGUUUUGUUAGUAAAAUGAUCUUCAAUAAUUUUAAGUCAUAUUUUGGUAAACAGGAAAUAGGUCCGUUUCAUAAGUCAUUUUCUGCU